CAGGUUAGGCCCAUAUCCAACCGCUACUCAACGAGUCACGGACACUUCGCUUUCGCUCACUACAGCGCCACCACGUCGCAGCCCGUAUUUCCAUCUCCGCCGCCGCCGCUUGUCGCAGCGGAGGAUCUCUCCGCCAUGUCCGACCUCGAACAAGCCGACCCAUACGGCGUCCUCUUGUACUACAAGUACGCCUCGGUUCCCAACCUCGACGAGCUCGUCUCGUUCUACGAGCUGAACUGCAACUCGCUCGGCCUGCUCGGCCGAGUCCGGCUCGCUCCUCACGGCGUCAAUGUCACUGUUGGAGGCAAGUUAUCGGCGCUGGAGGAGCACAUUGAUGCAGUUAAGUCGAAUGCUUUGUUUGAAGGAACGGACUUUAAGCUUGCUUCUUGCGAUCAGCCUUUGAAUGACAAGGUUGCAAAGGAGUGCGGUUUCACCUCCCUCUCUGUACGCGUUGUUGAGGAACUGGUAACGUUCAGUUCUCAACCCCUUGUGAGAUCACCCGACAUUUCCUUUGCUGGAAGGCAUCUAUCUGCGCUGGAAUUCCAUUCCGUCCUGCAAAGUGCUGGUAAGCUUCUUGAUGAAGGUAGUCCUACAAGCAGUGAAAGGCUUGUCUUGUUGGAUGCGAGGAAUUUAUAUGAGACUAGGAUCGGGAAGUUCCACAAACCAGGUGUGGAAACUUUGGAUCCACAAAUCAGACAAUACAGUGACCUGCAUGACUGGAUAGAUGAUAAUUCUGAACGUUUGCAAGGAAAAUGCAUUCUCAUGUACUGCACAGGGGGUAUCAGAUGUGAGAUGGCGUCAGCGUACAUCAAGGGAAAAGGCCCUGGGUUUGGGAACGUGUAUCAGUUAUAUGGUGGGAUACAGCGGUAUCUGGAACAAUUCCCUGAUGGUGGAUUCUUUAAAGGGAAGAAUUUCGUCUUUGAUCAUCGGAUCUCUGUUGGGAGCUCCAAUGCAAAUGUCAUCAGUACAUGCCUCCUUUGCAGCUGUCUGUUUGAUGAUUACUCCGCCCGUUGUCGUUGUGCUUCUUGUAGAAUGCUUGUUUUGGUCUGUGAUGGUUGCCAGGUGGAAGGUUCCAUUUACACAUGUGAGCUCUGCCAAAAACAUGGUAAAUGUGGUCUUUCAACUCCAGUAACUGAAAAUUGCCAGUCGGAAGUGCUGCCACGUGAGAUUGAUUUGAAAACCCUUUCGUCUGAUAGACAAGACAAGACAACAGGUUUCGGCACUUCUAGAAAGCUUAGGAUAUUGUGCCUGCACGGGUUCCGUCAGAAUGCCUCCAGCUUUAAAGGACGAACUGCUUCCUUAGCAAAAAAGCUUAGGAACAUUGUGGAACUUGUCUUCGUGGAUGCGCCGCACGAGUUGCGCUUUAUUUUCCGACCUUCUGUCAUUGAUGUGCAUUCAGAAUCAGUGACAGAACACAGAGGUCCUCCUCCAAAAGAAAAGUGCAACAAGAAGUUUGCAUGGUUAGUGCCGCCUGAUUUCUCUGCGGGGAGUGAAGCAGAUUGGAAAGUAGCAGAUGGUCCUUUUGAUCCUCUUCAGUACCAGCAGCAGACUGGUGGGUUUGAUUCAUCAUUAGCAUACUUGAAGUCCAUGUAUCUGCGGGAUGGUCCUUUUGAUGGGAUCUUGGGGUUUUCCCAGGGAGCAGCAAUGGCUGCUUUAGUGUGUGCGCGCAAGGACAACUUAAAAGGCGAAAUGGACUUUAGAUUCGCAAUUUUGUGCUCUGGGUUUGCCCUCAAUCUAGCGGAGUUUGAGCGUGGAUCUAUAAACUGCCCUUCCCUUCAUAUUUUUGGAAGUGAUCACGGGAGAGAUAGACAGAUACCUAACGAGGCAAGUGCGGACCUUGCAGAGUAUUUUGAAAAUGGAAGUCGUGUUGUUAUCCAACAUGAAGGUGGUCAUAUAAUUCCUACAAGGUCUCCACAUAUUGAUGUGGUCAAAAACUUCUUGCAACGAUUUCUCUAAAGGAAGUUUGAGGUGAGACACCCAUCAUGUGAAUGUUGUUGACUUCUCAAAUCCCCCCAACUCACUGGCUGUGCAACUUUAUUGGCAGCGCCAAAGUAGUACAAUUCCCACAAACUAUUUGUCUGCUCUAAGGGCCCGUUGUGACUUUGUUCCCAUGGUGUUUCGUCACUUUUGUACCACCGAAAGCUUCACUCCAUCAGUGAUCUCUUGGGACUCGAAUCAUUAUAAUGUGGAAAUUGAAUGCUCGAAUUUAGACGUUUUGUCAUGCGAGCUGAAUGUCAGACAGCUCUCGGUUUAUGGUUGGCACGUACAAC